AUGAGGAGAGCCCUCCUAAACGGUACCCAAUCCCCAUUGCGGCUUCAGAGAGACCAAUGUCAGUGUUCCGCCUUGAUCGGGAUACUCGACGUAAAACUGGAGCGUCUUUCUGGGGCACUGGAGGAUUCAGACACUAAAAAUGCAGAGACUUGGACGAAAGUUGACAAGGAACUUGCUUCGCUGAACGAGUACCCCGCGAUAUCAAUACCGGGUCCUCUGGCUGCAAAGAAAAUACUCUGCAAGUGCCCGUGGCUUACGUCGGCGAGCACAGCUUUAUCUGCCUUCGUCAGAACAGAGACUACACUGAGCCAAAGCCCAUUUCGUCAUCCAAACGGAGAAUACAUCUACUCGCCGUUCUCGGUAGUAGACACAAAAUUCUUCAUCUCUACGCACCAUCUACAAAUUAGAGCUGAUGGCAGUGCUUUUAGGGUCAGUGACUAUUUCUCUUGCACACACUUUCUCUUUUGGUAUAGCCCAACUCGUGUAAUAAACAUCAGAUUAGCCAGUUAUCUUAGAAGUCCACUCCGGCCAGCUCUUAUGCAUCUGAUUCCCAUACCACGCUUCUACGCGCUUAUAUUGUCACUUUCUUCCCCAUCUAACGUACAGAAGAUCUUGGAGCGGGCUGACAGCAUUCAGAAGGCCAACCCAAUGAUCAGGCGUCUAUCUGAGGAUCGCCCUCUGGUUGCGCGGAAGCUUGGUCACAGCAGGUCAGGGGUGGAGGCACAAAACAGGCUUCCGCUGGGCACCAAUUCAGCCAACCGUAAACUCAUGACCAAGCUGAUUGUGGUCAUAUCCCAUUGUGCUCCCGGAAGCAGGCCGACGAAACCAGCUGCGUCUCCGGACUGCAGUCUUUAUUCGACCACCACAGGCCUCUCGCCCACCAAAGGCAGUGAUGCCCUGGAGAAGGCAAAUCUCACGUCCAAGCAGCGCCCAAACUACGUCGAGCCUUCAGCGCUUAUCUCCGUAGGAGACUACACAGCCACAGGCAUGCACUCCUCAACAAAGCCACAGCCUAUGAACUGGACUGAUUCAGAUCUGCGGGGACAAGCAGCGAAGCCAAGCCCCAACUCCACUCCGUCAAAACCGGCCUCUCCGCUUAUGGACGAAACCGUCACCCAGGACCCCGACAACCAAAGACAUAAACAUAACUACACCCAUCCGGAAACUCCCUCGUACAUCCAGUUGGCCACGCUGAUCGCCGGCGGAUCGGGUGUCCACACAAACACAAAAGAACAGCGAUUGCAGGCAAACAAGCCACAUAAAAUUCGCCGGGUUAGAAAACUGCUGGCUAGCUUCAAGAUAGAAAACUUUUCACAUUUUUGUGAGAUUCUUGUCCGAUCAGAGUCACCUAUACGAAAUGUACACUUAUUAACUGGAGUAGAUACACAGAACCCGGAUGAGCAGCUGAAAAAAUUUCAACUGUUGAAGUCCGACUUAUGGCAACAUCGUGUUGUUUUCGAUUGGGUAUUUUCGGAUACCUUGCAUGAUCGAGAGAUUCGAUUUGACAACGGGUGGAUUGUAAAAAUCGGACGUGGUCUCGAUUACAUACGUCGUCCUGCGCACAAAUUUUGUGGUCUUGGUGUUCAUGACUACGAUUUCCGUCCAUGUGCUGCCACAACUGUGGACAUUUUUCACCGCUCAAGUUUACGCGUAGAAAAGGAUCCCAAUCGCUAGAUUCCUCAUGCUACUUUGGAUGUUCAGAUCUGUCUUUU